AUGGUCGCUACAGUUUUGCUAACUCUCAUAGCACUUUGCUACUUCAUUUCCUCUGUUUUCAGCACUACAGCUCAACCUCCAAUGAAACUAAUAACACCAUUGCCCACUCUCCCACCGGCCAAAGCUCCUAUCAAGAUACCAACUCUUCCACCAGCCAAAGCUCCGACCAAGGUACCAACUCUCCCACCUGCCAUAGCUCCGAUCAAGCCUCCGGUUCUCCCACCGGUUUCACCUCCUAAGUUCAACAGGACACUAGUGGCCGUGCGAGGUGUGGUCUUCUGCAAAGCCUGCAAGUACGCCGGUGUAAACAUUCUCAAAGGCGCCAAACCCGUUAAAGGCAUGUUCGUUUAA